AUGGAGUCCGAGAAAGUGCCUCUUGAUGUGGAGAAACAACUGCUUCACAAAUACUACCGUUAUCUAAACACAAGGCUCAACACAAAUGAUCUAGCUAUGGAAAAUGAAAGAAAAAAGCUGCGAAACAUAUCUCGACGGGAUGAAAAAAUAUUCAAAGAGAGGGAGAAAAAUAGACAAAGGUUAGUACAAGCCAUCAACAUGUCGAAAAGCCUUGAGGAAGCGUGCGUAAAUGGGUCUAUUACUAGGCUGGAACUUAAUAAAAAUCCAUAUUUCCGUGGUAUGCAAAGACGGAGCUUUACUCUACAGAUGGCUCGAGAAGAGCUCGCCGUUGACCCUCACCGACUACGGAAUUGGCUACGCAAAGAGAUACCGAUUUUUCUGAAUCGGCCAGUCGACCAAAUUGACAAUUUUGAGGGAAAAAUUGAGUACAUUUUGCAAGCCACACAACAGGGAUACAUUCAUGCUCCGAAUUUGAAG